AUGAUGAAUAUUGCAUCCAAGAUUGCAGCAGGGGAAUGGAGAGGCGUGCUACUAGGCGAAGGGGAGGCUGUGCAUUGGGAUUUCACCGAGGACGAAUAUCAUGGUGAGACCUGGACUGAGGAUGACUUUGGAUUUAGGCUUACACCCACGCCUUCGAGGAGGAGGGUGAGCUCCUCAGGACCCGAGGACAGUAAGACAUCAGGCGAGAGCUGGGAAGUCGAUUAG